CACACACCCACACACGGUACACGGCCAUCAGGCGGGUCCGCCGUGCGUAAAAGGGAACGUAUUGAUCACGCUGAAGCAGCGCGCAGAGCAAAACGCACGGAACCAAAGCCGCUGGAUAAUUCCCAAACUCCAACACAGGUUACACCUGAUUCGCCGCGGAGCAGCACUCGCACAACUCCUUCCUCCGCCAUAAGUCUACGGAGACAUCUUUCCAGACGGACGAGGAGUGAAGAUGACCUCUGCUGUCGUGGCCCAACUCUCCUCCCUCUUCCUCCAUCUGUCAGUCUUUCUGUUGUGCGCCGUGGACUCGGAGGCCCUCUUCCUUCCUGACUCCAGGGAGCUGAGGGCGCUGCUGAGUCGCUACGAGGAGUCCAGCGCCGCCAACUCCACGGGUGGCAGGACCCGGCGGGCAAUCCGGUGGUCUGACCGGGAGGAGAUCCUCCAGCUGCACAACAAGCUGCGGGGAGGAGUUUACCCGAGCGCCUCCAACAUGGAGUACCUGGUGUGGGACGACGAGCUGGAGCGGUCCGCCACUCACUGGGCUGAGCAGUGUCAGUGGGACCACGGACCUCAGGACCUGCUCAUGUCUAUUGGACAGAACCUGGCUGUUCACUGGGGAAGGUACCGCUCACCAGCCUACCACGUCCAGGCCUGGUACGACGAGGUGAAAGACUACACCUUCCCCUACCCUCACGAAUGCAACCCCUGGUGUCCGGAGCGCUGCUCGGGGCCCAUGUGCACGCACUACACCCAGCUGGUCUGGGCUACCACUAGUCGAAUGGGCUGCGCCGUGCACGUGUGUCCGAGAAUGAACGUAUGGGGAGAAAUCUGGGAGAACGCCGUUUACCUUGUGUGCAACUACUCCCCCAAGGGCAACUGGAUUGGCGAGAGUCCAUACCAGCAUGGCCGGCCUUGUUCCCAGUGCCCUCCCAGCUAUGGAGGAGGAUGCAGGAAUAAUCUCUGCUAUAAAGACUCUCAGCGCUCAGAGACCGAAGACAUGAACGAGGUGGAGAAGCCACAGGUUCCAUUACCUCCACGCACCACAACCAAGCCGGUGGCCAGACCCAAAUCCUUUGCCCCCAGGAAACCCACCGCCAAGCCCUACAUGCCAAAACCCACCACCACCCGGCCGUCCUCCUCCAAGACUCCCCCCAACACCUACCUGGUUCAGAGCGUCAAAUGUGAGACUAAAGUACGUGACAAAUGCCGAGGAGCCACCUGCAACAGGUUUAACUGUCCUGCUAACUGUCUGAACAAGAAAGGAAAGGUUUGGGGGACGCUGUUUUACGACGUGCAAUCAAGUAUUUGCCGUACUGCCAUCCAUUUUGGCGUCCUCGAUAAUAGCGGAGGUUUGGUGGACAUCACGAGAAUGGACAAGUUUCCGUUCUUUGUCAGAUCUACAAAAAACGGCAUCGAGUCCUUCAGCAAAUAUAAACCUGGCAACGCAUUUGUGGUGGCCAAAGUAGAAGAAAUGUCUGUUGACUGCUACACCACCGUGGCUGAAAUCUGCCCCUUCAAAAAGCCCAAUACCAACUGCCCGAGAGUCUUCUGCCCGGCCAACUGCAAGAGUCAGCCCUCCUACUGGUCACCUGUGAUCGGGAACAACUUCUACACAGAUAACUCCAGUAUUUGUAAGGCAGCCAUUCACGCCGGGGUCAUCAAACCAGACGGGGGUUAUGUGGAUAUUCUGGCUAUGGACAGAAAAAAGAAUUACGUUGGCAUCAUGAAAAAUGGCAUCCAGUCUGAGAGUAAAAGCAACACAGAAGGAGGCUCUUUCCGUGUCUUCGCUGUGAGGGAGUGACUCCUUCUGCCCCUCGCUCCAAAGAAUGGAAGAGUUUCCUCGUGCAGAGCGUCCACAGGGCAGAUAAGAUGGUAAAACACCUGGUACAAUACCUGUCUCUGUCUCUGUGCCCGGCCCUGAAGGGGAGCAAGACCUCCCAGCGGAUUGAAGGACACUUUCCCUUUUCUUUAACCAACAGUAGCACCUGGUAAUAGUUGAUGUCCAUCAUUAAAAUGGACAAAUUCUAUUUUUCUUGGCCUUUAAUUCCAGAUGUGGAUACUUUCUAAGAGCUACAUAACCUGUUAAUACAGAUAUUUUGUCAAAUUAAGAUGCAUUGAACAGCUGGUCCUGAAUCUGUGUUUUUACAGUCAGAUACAAUUUAUAGAAAUUACGUUUACAUAGAUGUUGUUAUUUCCAAAUUAAAUCAUUGGUUUUCAUACUGAGCACACUGUAUUUAAUCGUUUUGUACAGAAUAAAUUUGAUAUUUUGUGUGUUUUAAAGUGUAUUACCGUACAGUACAUUAGGUUUUCUGGUUUGUUAAAUUCUAUAUUUUAUAACCUGCCUCUGCUUAUUUGACCGUUCUCUGCUUUUUCUCAUCUUGAAGAUUUAGACCGGAACCCUAAAUCUCACUUUUACAUUUUAUUUAUAACGGGAGGAGCCAUAGCCAGUCAAAAGACGGAGGAUUAGGAAGUAAAACGAAGUGGGCGAGAGCCGACACAGCUUUAGGAAAAGCAAGUUAAGGCAGGAACAUAAACAUGUGGAGAUAACUCAUGGCUGGCGUUACCCGGUCCAUUUCUCUGUGGAUUGCAAGAUAAUGAGUCCAAUCAGGUUUGAUCCCGUCGAUCGUAAAUAAAACCAACGUUGAUGAGGAGCCACAUUUCAUCACAUCUUCAUUUGUUUAGCAUGUUUCAUGUUUCCCUCGAAUGAAAUAUUCUUUGUUCCGAAAUUAUUUUUUUUGUGUGUGGAUUUCCCCCCUUUUCUCCCCAAUUGUACCCGGCCAAUUACCCUGUUUUCCGAGCCGUCCCGGUCGCUGCUCCACCCCCUCUGCUGAUCCGGGGAGGGCUGCAGACUACCACAUGCCUCCUCCCAUACAUGUGGAGUCACCAGCCGCUUCCUUUCACCUGACAGUGAGGAGUUUCACCAGUUCCCCCAAAGCAGGCGUCCCGUUCGACCAGAGGAGGCGCUAGUGCAGCGACCACGACACAUACCCACAUCCGGCAGACACGGCCAACUGUGUCUGUAGGGACGCCCGACCAAGCCGGAGGUAACACGGGGAUUCGAACCAGCGAUCCCCGUCUUGCUAGGCAACAGAAUAGACCACCACGCCACCCACAUGUCCUGAAGGAGAUUUGCGGGAAAUGUCAAACAUGUCUCCACCCAAGACAAAACGAAUGUGGCAAACGUUUCGGGGUAUUUCGUGUCAAGUGGUCGGCAGUAAUUUGAGGCGUGUAAAUGUGCCACUGUGAUUCACCUGCAAGCUGAAGUUGCAGUUCGUGCACUGGGAAAUAAUUAGUAAAGAAGGACUUGCAUUUAGGUGAGAGUCCUGAGCUGUAAAUGGCCAUACUGAUCAUGGAGCUGCUGCAGCUAUGGUACAUCCAUCUUUCUAACGCUUUGCUUACACCAGUGCCUCUAGAGAGCUCCCCUCUGAGAUCCUGUUUCUUCACGAGGCAAUUAUUACACAGUCAGGGGAAAGGUUAGUAUACUGGCACUUCUGCAGCCCCAAAAUAUGAGAUAUUAUCUGUCAAUUUAACAACAAUCUGUGUGUGUGUGUGUGUGUGUGAUGAAUAUGCAUGUUGUAGAGUUGGGAUGGGAUGAGGGCCGGAUGAAUCCAUUGUACCAGUUUUCCCUAACUGUGACAUACUUCAAAAUCUAUUCUUUCUUUACUCCACUUCAAACUGUCUCUCUCUCUUUUUUUUAAUGCUACCUCAGUCCUGUCGCUUAUUAGGUAUUUAUGUUGUUCUGUACGGGGAUUCUUAAUGAACUUGGUUUUGUACAGUUACAGAAAAUGUGUAAAUACUCCAGUUUAUUUUUUCGGAAUAAUCCUUUAUGUUACGAGGUGACAAUUACAACUGUUUGAAUGUGAUUUUUGGUUGUCUUGUUUGUAUUGUUUUUAUACAGGCAUUGGAUGGAUUCUCUAUUUUUUGCACAAUUUGAAAGUUAAGUAUUAAAAAGCCA